UGAGGCUUUUAGGAAGGUGUCUGCACUGUGUUAGAAGACAGUCCUUCACAAUGUGUGAUCAGUUUUUGGGAACUUGGAAACUAAUUUCCAGUGAAAAGUUUGAUGACUACAUGAAGGAGCUGGGUGUGGGCUUUGCCACUAGGAAAAUAGCUGGGAUUGCCAAGCCCAUUGUAGUUAUCAGCUGCAAUGGGGAUGCUAUAACCAUCAAGACAGAGAGCAGUUUCAAGAACAGUGAGAUUUCCUUCAAAUUCGGAGAACAAUUUGAUGAGACCACAGCAGAUGACAGAAAAGUAAAGAGUGUUGUGACGCUAGAUGAUGGCUCACUCAAUCAGGUGCAGAAAUGGGAUGGCAAAGAAACAAUAAUAAAAAGAAAAAUAGUGGAUGGAAAAAUGGUUGUGGAGUGUGUUAUGAACAAAAUUAUCUCCACUAGAGUAUAUGAAAAAGCAUGAAAAAUCCAUAUUGUAGAAAUUAGCAGGAUCCCAAAGCAAAAUAUGAAGUUUGGUUCAAGGAGCAGAGCCUUAUCAGUCAUGUCCUUCAGAAGCUGUAUUUGACCGGCCAGCUCCCAACUACUUUUGUACCUAAUCCAAAACAUUUUGGUUAUUCAAUAAAGUGCUUGCUUUGAGAUGGAAAA